AUGGCUUUCCGCCCACCAUCAGAUAUCAAAGUGACCUGUCGCCAGAUCCCUGCAUGGCGCGGCAUCCCCAACACCUCCUUCCAAUCAAAACCGCUCAUGAUAUACCAUGGCGCCUUUGACGCCACCCCCGUCGAACUUGAGCGCCGCCUCGAAGCGAUAGGCGAAGUGGUGCCUCAGUGGGUAUAUACCAUGUACAGCACGACGCACUUCCAUUCCACCACGCACGAGGCCCUCGGCGUCGUUGCUGGAAGGGCGCGACUCUGCUUUGGAGGGGAAGAAAACCCUCAGCGAUUCGAACCGACGGUGCAGCGCGGUGAUUUGAUCAUCAUCCCUGCGGGAGUCGGACAUCGCCUGUUGGAGGAUCAAGGCGACGAGACAUUCAAGAUGGUUGGGUCGUAUCCCCGUGGGAAACAAUGGGACAUGUGCUAUGGCGAGGCGGGUGAGGAAGAGAAAGUCAAUGAGAUCCGGAAUCUGCCCUGGUUCCGUCACGACCCAUUGUACGGGGAUGAUGGCCCUGUCCUGCAUGUAUAG